AUGUCGAAGGUGAUGGUCGGUGGCAGCUCGGUUGUUGUGGAGCAGCGGAGGGAGCGAGGCAAGAAGUGGCGCUCUCUGACGCCCACGGAGCGCCGCCCGUACGUGGAGGAGGCCGAGCGCCUUCGCCUCAAGCACAUGGCCGAGCACCCCGACUACAAGUACCGCCCGCGGCGCCGCAAGCAGCAGCAGCCCAAGAAGCCGCCGCAGCAGGCGCAGGCGCCGCAGCCGGCGCCGCCGAGCGCCAACAGGACAGCGUCUGGGGGUCAGCAGGGGGGCGCGGCGACCCCCAGCACCCCGCCGGCCGUGAGCGUGGCCUCCUCGCUGACCCCCGACACCUCGCCCAGCAGCUCGCCUGACCCCGACCCCCCCGCACUCGGCCCGCGGGGGCAGCACCCCAGCGCAGGUGAGCGAGACCGGCGCCUCGGGCUCUCAGCUCGGGAAGAGACCAGAGCGCGGACGCAGACGUCGCGCUCGAGGUCGCCAGCCGUCGUGAUAGACCUUUUAUGCUCACCCACGCCGCCUUCUGCAGCCUCUGGCGCGGGCGUCGGAAGGGAAGGCCAGCUCUCGACGACGCCCGAGGUCUCACCAGGUGCGGGCACGCGCGCGCUCUCCCACCUCAUCUCCCUGUUCGAGCGCGCACCGGCCUUCCCCGACGCCUACCACACCCUCAAGAACAUCGUGUCGUCCUACAACCCAGCGCCUUCGCCGGAUACAGGUGAGGCGCAGUGCCACGCCCUCGGAGCCUCGGGGCUUCGAGGAGAGGCUGUGCCGGCCCUCAGGGACAAAGGGCUGAGGGCUUCGCUACGGUUGCUUCGCCUUGGAUUUACUGGCAGCGAAGGUGACGAAGGCGCAGACGGAGGCUACCCUUCGGCCCCGCCCUCGACUACCAACAGCACUCCGACAGAGGCGCCCCCACCGUCGCUACACGCCCGUGGGAGCCCUCGAGAGGAGUCCGCCCUUCACUGCCCUCCCGAGGACGUCGUGAUGGGGAACGCUGACGGGGAGGAGGGAGGCGCCCGCCACGAGGCCCCGCCCAUCAAGGCCGAGGCCGCCCUCCUCAGCCCGCGGCCCGCCUGCGGCUUCCCCCCGCCGCCCUCGCCCGUCAACGGCCACCCAGCCUGCGUCUUCCCCGCCCACUCCUCGCCGUCGCCCGCCCACCCGCCCUGCGUCUUCCCCGCCCACUCUUCGCCCGGGCCCGCCCACCCCACGCACCCUUCCCACUCCGCCCAUCCCGCCUGCGUCUUCCCCGCCCACUCCUCCCCGGGCUCCGCUCACCCAGCGUGCGUGUACCCCGCCCACUCGUCCCCCGGCCCCGCCCACCCGGCGUGUGUGUUCCCCGCCCACUCCUCCCCGGGACCCGCCCACCCGGCCGCCCCCAUGGCCACCUACGCCUUCCCCGCGGGCCACCAUCAGGCCUACGCCAACAUGGCCGCUCCCGGGGUGCUGGGCGCGUACCCCGGCUACAUGGGGCCACCCCCCCAGGGCCACUACUCGGGCAUGGGCCAGAUGGGCGCCGACGUGGACCUGGACGUGGACCGCGCCGAGUUCGACCGCUACCUGAGCGGGCCGGAGUGCGGCCCGAGCCACCGCCCGUCGCCGCAGCAGCAGCUGUCGGGCAUGGCGUGGGCGGCCCACCCUCCGCCUCCGUGCCCGCAGGCCCGCCUCGAGUACAAGCAGGAGCCGCAGGAGCAGUACCGGGAGGUGGCGCCGCCGGGCCACCAGGCGUUCCCCGACGAGGCCUUCCGCAUGCCGUUCCGCUGCGACCCGCUGACGCAGUACCGCGGCGACGGUGGGCAGCCCCCCUACGCGCGCCUCGACUUCCGCGAGCGCGCCGACUACCCCGACGAGGAGUACCCCCACCCGGAGGAGCGCAUGGGGGCAGCCUACCCCCACCAGCAGUACGGGAGGGCGUCCGAGAGGCAGCAGGAGUACCUGGGCGGGGAGCAGCAGCAGCAGGGGUACCGGGGGGCAGAGGAGUACCCCGGGGAGAUGUACCGCGGGGAGGUGGGCACGCCGGAGUACCCCGGGGAGCCCCCCCGGGGGUCGGUGGGCGGGACCCUCCUCAGCGCCCUGGCACAUAUCAGGAACAUGUACUUCGAGACGUAG